CCCUCUCCAUUUUCAUUUCAUCAGUGCGCAGUUGUGGUUCAUACACGUUCAUUUGUUUUAUUCCACUGAAAAUUUGAUAGCUGGCAAAAUAGACUUUCCGCUGCCUUCGCGUUGUGAACUGAUUACGUUUUGUGUGUGACUUUUGAUGUGUGGUUGCUGCAGUGAACAGGAAGAACUACUAGAGACUGUUGAUAACGCAACAUAGAAAAAAAAGAUAGUGCGGUCUAAAGGAGAGAUUAAAAAUGUGUGCCAUAUUCAGUUGGAGAAAUUUGUAGAUUUUUUUUUCUCUAUAAUCUUCUGUUAUGUUCCAUUUGCUUUCGUGAUUUUUUUUCUUCCUUUAACAUCCAACUGACCUGUGUAUAAUUUCAACAGAAAGUUAUACCUAAGUUAAUAUUUCAUUAUUAUGGAACGAAGAGCGUUUCGGUUUUUUACAAAGAGAUCUGAACACUACAACAAUUUGCAGAAGCAGGAAGAAGAGGAGAAAUUGAAUGGAAUUGUGAAUAAUAAUAAUCAGAGUUCACCACUUAAGGAUAUUCCACAGACUACGGAUGCUGUGCAGAAGUCCUUGAACGGAAGUGGUGUUGGUGGCAACGAAGACGUUCCCAAGAGUUUUGGGAAUCCAGAAGAGAGAGUUGGUGGUGAAAACAGUGAAGGGGGAGGAGAACCAAAGGAGUGUCCAACGCAGGAGCAACAGCCACCGACACAGGAGGGCAGUGAGGCAAAGAAGAUUCGAUUGAAGCAGCAACAGAAGAGUGAUCAAGCAUCUUCGCCCCAAAACAGUCAUUCACAGCAUAAGGUUCAAUUGGCAAAUGGCAAGAGACAUGGUAGUCCAUCGGGAUCGAGUAAUUUCAAGAGAAUAGCUCCAGCACCAACAUCAACAUCAAAUACAACAGGAAGUAAUCAACAUACACAAAUCCACAGUAAUAUUGGUGGAAAGAGUGGUGCAGUUGUGAGUCAGGCUAAUAGCGAAAGGCCGUUGAAGUGCUUGGAAACUCUUGCCCAGAAGGCAGGAAUAACAUUUGACGAGAAGUACGAGGUUGCAAAUACACUCAUUAAACUGGAGAAGUCUCAGAGUCCGGCGCAGCAGCCGGUGGCUGCGCAACAACCCCAACCAGUACCCCUAACAAUAUCACAGGAGCAAUUGCAGCAAUUGCAACAGCUACAGUUUCAUUCGGCAUUUGCUGGCAAUGCCAUUCAAGUGAAACAGGAAUUUCCGCAUCAGGCAGCACAGCCGACAAUGCAGAUGUCUGCAGAGAUUAAGCAGCAGAUUGUUGAUGCUGCCAAUCAGCAGCAUCAGCAGCAACAGGCACAAGUGCAGCAGAUGCAGGUGAUUGAUGGGAAUCAGGCGGCUCAUCAGCAAAAUCCACCGAGUAGUGGUGCUCCAAAUGCCAUGGGACCACCUCAGACAUCCACAACAAUUAGCACAAUGUCUCCCCUGCACGCCAUGUCGGCUAAUCAGGUGCCAGCUGAGUGGCAACAUGGACGGGUUCAGGUGUUGCAGCAACCCAUCCAGAAUCCAGCCUAUCUCCAACAACUCUAUAGCCCACAGGUGUUGAUGCAGGGAAAUAUCUUGCAUUCUGGAUUGGGACAGCAGCAGAUUCAAGUUAUUGCAGCAGGAAAACCAUUUCAGAGUGCACCUCAGAUGUUGGCUACAACAGCUCAGGGGAAGCCUGUCAUUGGAAGUAGUGCAGGUGGCUUCAGUGGGGCUUAUGCUUUACCCACAAUUCCUUCAAGUCAAUCUCAGACACUCCUUUUCAGUCCUGUGAGUGUCUUGAGUUCCCAGCCACAGCAACAGCAGCAGAAUCUUCUGUCCACAAUGCAGAAUCCUCAGGCAGGAAAGCCACUAAGUGAACAGGAUAUGCAGAAGGCACUGAGUGGGCAGAAAGUGUUGCAAAAGGUGGCAGCAUCAUCGGCAACGGUUCAGAAUGUGGUUGCAUCGACAACAACGGCCGCACAGCAAGGUGCCACACAGGGUGGUGCAGCUCCUGGUCAGCAGUGUGUUCAGGUGUCACAGGCAAUGCCAACGGCCCAAAUUAUAUCACCACUGCAGCAACCAAGUACACAACCAAUGCAAUUUGCAGCUCCAUGGCUUCAGGGUGUCCAGCAAUUCUGGACGACAAAUGGUUUGCCAUCCCAGGCACUUCUAACGCAGAAUCCCAUAAUAUUUCGUGGAGCAGCUCAGCCUGAUGGAUCUCAGAGUAUGUUUGCGGUACAGCCAAAUCCACAGGCAGCAGCACCUCAGGUGAUUCAGGCUCAACCACAGAAUCCCACCAUAACACUGCCGUGCAAUAUGCAACCGAGCGUGGUGAAUAAGCAGCCGCAGCGCGUCGCCACGGAGACAAUAGCACCAAAACAGCCGACGCGGGCGGCUCCUAUUCUACCCCAGGGCGCCGGUGGGGGCGGCGGUGGCGCGCAGCAGAUUCGGCCAGCAUCGUCAGUGUCAACACAGACGCAACAAAAUCAAGUGAUGCUGAAGCCGGGUAAACUGCGCGCCAAGCCGCACACCGUGCGUCCAAGUGCUCCGGGUGCCAUCAAAGGGGACGCCAUGAUUCAGGCUAAAAUUGUUCAGGGUGGCCAAGUGGCGUAUUCCACGGCGCAGUCGGUGCCACAGCAAACGAUGCAUCAGGUGAUGACGUCUGCUGGCAGUAAGAUGGUUGUCAUGAGCACCAAUCCGGGUACACCAAUCAACAUUGGUGCUACACAGUUGACACAGCCGACACAGCAGAUUCAGAUUGCUACCGAUAAGCAACCAAUGCAGCUACAGCAGCAGAUUCAGCAUCAGCAGAAGGUGCCAAAUCCAGCAACAACUCAGAGGGCGCCACAGGUGUUUCAGCCACAAGUUGUCCAGCAUAUUCAGCAGCUACAGCAGCAGAUGCAUCAACAACCAACAGGAAUUCAGCAGCAGGCCUUCCUGCAACAAGCCGGAUCUCAGCAAGUACUCACGGUGACAGCAGCAGGACCUCAGCCUACCAUUCAGCCAAAACCAUCCACCAUGGUUAUUGGUACAUCGCAGCAACAUCAAAUUGUAGCAGAUCGGAAUGCUGUGAGUACCGUUGCGGCCAUGACGAGCACUUCCAAUCCCGUCCAGGUGGUACCUAGUACCACCAUUCUCAACCAAGUCAAUGCGGUGAGUCUCUAUCAACAACUGGGACAGCUGGCUACUUCAAACAAUCUCAUUGGUCCUCUGACGUCGCCACAGGCACCACUGCAGCCUCCACCGAAUCCUCUUGUGGCCAUGACAACUCUCUCAACAGCUCCUCUAUCCACACUAGCCAUGGGAAAUCCACCGACACCAAAGGAUGUACCAACGCCAACAACUGAAGCGGCCAAGGUGCCGGAAGUGAGCGCGGCUGUAAGCAAACCGGCUGAAACAGUCAAUGUGGUUACGACAAGUACGACAGGAGCAACAGUAACAACGGAAACAUCCACAUCCUCGACAAUUUCCACAGUUACUGUCACGAGUUCAGGUGUUACUCAACCACAGGAGACACUUUCCAAUGGCAAAUCAUCUACACCAGCAACUGAAUCACCCGCAAAAACACCUAAAGCUCCUGAAAAUGUUUCCAAUCAGGCCAAACCUGAGAGUCCGCUGAAGGAUGUGGCUAAAACAAAUGGUACAAUGGCCACAGUUGAGGCUCAGGAGGCCAAUGGAGAAGUUAAGACGGAGAAGGCUGUGCUCAAGGCCACUGUGAAGCCUCAAGUGCUGACACAUGUGAUAGAGGGAUUUGUGAUUCAGGAGGCCAAUGAGCCAUUUGCCGUGACACGGCAACGAUAUCCUGAUCGUGAUGCCAGUGAGGAGCCACCGAAGAAGAAAUUGGCCACUGAGAAGGGUGGCAGUAGUCCGCCAAUGUCACCGAUCAAUUCCACGGAGAUGGCGUGUGAAUUUUGUGGGAAGACAGAAUUGAAGUCGAAGAUGAAGAAGAAGCGUUUUUGUUCGCUGUCUUGUGCAAAGGCUUCCAAGGAGACUGGAGCAGCAGGAGGAGGAGGAGGAGGGCAUCAUGCCCAAGUGGCUGAGAGUACGAAUAAGACUGCGACGGAGGGAGGAGGAGUUCCGGUUAAUGGAACUGAUGCUGCGGUGACGCAGGAGGAGAGUGGGAAUCAACCUGCAGAGGAGAUGCCGGUGAUGGUGCGUUGGAGUGUUGCUGAAGUGUGUGAUUUUAUUAAAAAUCUGCCCGGAUGCAGUGACUAUGCUGAAGAUUUUGCCAUUCAGGAGAUCGAUGGGCAGGCUCUGUUGUUGCUCAAGGAGAAUCAUCUGGUGAAUGCCAUGGGAAUGAAAUUGGGACCAGCUCUCAAGAUUGUGGCCAAAGUGGAGGCAUUGAGAUUUGGGACGCCAAAUGGAGAGAAAGAGGGACAAACUCAGUAAAAUUUCCAAGCGAGAGAGAGAUUUUAUCGAUUCUAUUCAUGAGCAAAAAAAUUCCCUCCAAAAAAAAUUCAAUUCAACAUUUUUUUGAAUUUAAAAGUGUAAAAAUUUUAAUUUUCUCGUGAGGCGUUUUAUUUUAUUGGCCACUUCUACAAUACUCUAUAAAAAUGUAUAAAGAAAAACAACUAAAGAAAAAAGAAACAGUUUUCCGUGUUUUGUAUCACAAAGAAAUUUUGUGAUACAAUAAGAUGCUGUUUAUUCUUUUUUUUUCGUUGGAAAAAUACGCAGGAGAUGUAAUAAAAAUUAUAAAUAAUAAAAAAAAAGAAGCAGAAAUUGAAUUUCUUCUCAAUUGUGACAGGCUAAUAAAAAGAAAAAAAUACAGCAACAAAAAAACUAUUUGAUCUACUUGUUAGAAAGAUAAUAAACUUGAGUGUAAAUUGCAUUGUUCAAUUCGUCUCUUUCUCUCCACAAUGUACAGUUCUUGCAAAUAAGAAAUACAUUUUUUUUAUUAAUUAGAUUUCUACAUGUAAUAUGUAAAUAAUAAUGCGUAAGACAAAAAAAAUUGAAAUUAUAGUAAAUAAAACGUACUUUUGUGAUCAAUA